AUGAUUGAUGAGAUGAAGAACCCGAAGAAACAUUUGCCUAUUGCAAUUGUUGUAUCUUGUGUGCUGGUAACAGCAGUUUAUACAUUUGCUAAUGUUGCCUAUGCAACUGUUGUGCCAGUGGCAGAAAUUCUCAGCACAAGAGCAGUGGCUGUGACAUUCGCAGUUAGAAUGUAUGGAGUGAUGUGGUGGAUAAUGCCGAUAUUUGUUGCUUGUUCAACAUUCGGUGGAGCUAAUGGCACUGUACUGACGACAUCGAGAAUAUUUUUUGUCGCUAGUCAAGUUAAUCAAAUGCCAGCAUUCAUCAGUUACCUGCAUACUGACUGGUUAACACCGAUUCCUGCUGUUUUAUUCACAUGUGUUAUGUCUUCCACGUCCUGUCAAGGUUCCUAUUGUAUUGCAUAUAUCUAUGUUCUGGUAACCCUAUUUCUGAUUGUUUUCGCUUUUGUUGGAUCACCUAAAGAGUCAUUGUAUGGUGUUCUAAUCAUUUUAACUGGUAUACCAGUUUACAUAAUUGGCUGCGCAUGGACAAAUAAACCGAAAUCGUUUAAACAAACGAUGGAGAGCUUUACAGUGGGUUUACAAAAACUUCUUCGAAUUGUCCCAUCCAGUUGAAUGUGAUUGAUACUGGUAAGAAAAGAAAUCGGAAGGAAAGAAACUGCCAACUGUCCUUUAAUCAAUUCCAUGUCGUUUAUUGUUGUUGUUGUUGUUGCCAUCGCGCCGUUGUCAUUCCACUUGUUUCUACCAUGUAUGUACAUAUUCCUUGGAUAAGUGUGGGACAUGUAAACAAUAAAACAGGAAUUAUACAAAGGUGUAAUAUGCUCUUCUCUUCUACCGUUCUUUUCAAAAGAUGUCUGGACUGACCAACAGGGCAAGAAAGAUGGAGUUUAGUCUCUUGAGUCUUGCAAUUUUAUUCCCUUGUUUACUUUUUCCAUUAUCA